AAUGAUUUCACUAGUAGUCUGACUCCGUUCAGUGCUCAACUAACAUGCAGUAACUUCUAUAUAUUCUAGCAAAAUGGCAUUAUAUCAUUACAAUAUAUUUAUUUUAAUUUUUGUGUUAAAAAUUGUGUUCUACCCUUGUUGUGCCUUGGCGUUUCCUGAAAAUGAAAUCGACGAUUUUAAAAAAUCAAAAAUUGUCAAGAGAAGUACAGGUAAAUUGGACAGCACAUAUGUUCUCAUGCCAAAGUACUCAAUUUACCUAAUCGGAUUCACAAUGUUACUUAUGUUCGUAAUAAUAAUUGCAUUAUCAGUGGCAUUGUAUCGGGCUAUAAAGAAAAGAUCAGAGUUUGCUGUAAACGAGAACAGCAAACAAUUUGUCAGACAAGAGACAGCAGUUAUACCAUUGUAUAAUAGCACUUAUGAUGAACAAAAUAAGAACAAUGGAAGCACAUCGACAAUCAACAGUGGUACCAUAGAAAUAAGCGAACCAAGAAUAUCUGAACCUGAAAGUCCGACACGCGUCGUUGACUCAAAAAUAGUUUUUGCUAGAAAACCAAUCCAACCAAUUGUGAAUCGUGCGCAAAUGGAUGCAAUAUGUACAGCGGUGUUAAAAAGAGUCCAAAAAAGUGAUUCAGCAAGCUUUAGGGAUCUAAAUGAAAUGUUAAAUGGAAAUAUAAAGAAAGAUGAGAAUGAUGAGGAUAAAGAAAAGUGUGAAACAGUGGACGAAGCUGAUAAUGAAAAGAGGAACGAAGAAAAACCUGCACCGAAAGUUGAUUUAUCACAGCCAAAACCCCCUGAAUCGAACAUAACACCUGAACUAUUAUCGAAAUUAAACGCUAGAUCACAACAACUUCAGAACCAAAUCGAAGGUGACAAGGAAAAUGAGGCCAAACAGGAAAGUCCAAUAGAAAAGACACACGAAUGUAAUAAUAAAACAAAAGCUGAUAUCAAUAGUGAUAUACAUAUUGAAAUUGAUUAUGUAAACGUUAAUCAAUUGGACGAGAGUAGCAGUUCAGAGACUGAAUAUGAUACAGUGCCUACUCCAAUAAGAUUCAGACAUUCAGGACCUGAACCUGACAAUUUAAAUGAGGAGGAUAUUCCUGUAUAUGAUCUUCCACCAAGAAGGAGCCAUGAUGGUCAAGUAAGACAUACAGGGAAAAUAGUACAAAUUGACCAGGAUUCAGAGUACAUGGUGCCACUUUCUCAAGAUAAAACAGAUUCGUGUUAUAUCAACGCAAAGAGGAACUCAUUCAAUUUAUAGUAAAUGGCUCAGGUAGAUUGUCCUACUUUUUAAAAAUGUAUGAGUUAACGUAUGUAUGUCUUAAAUGGUUCAAGUUUAUAUGUGGAUUGUCUGAAUUGCUUGUACAAGCUUCAAGUACGUCGAUAAUUAGUCUCUGGGUUGGUUCCAUUCUAGUAGAGAACAGGUCUGAUGUUAUUUCUUGUAACAAAUUAGGUUUUUAAACAAAUUUGAUUAGUAUUCUGAUGGAUAUAAAAUUAUCAACGCAAAAGCUAAUGCUAUAGAAAUUAUACAUUAGAUUUGUUCACUGUUCUCGUAUUACUUUACACUUACUGUUGCAUAAAAUUGUAAAUAAAUAACAUUAGAACUUAAGACGGAUGAACAGUUCAUCCGUGAUCAUGGCGCUAGCAACAGUGCCGAAAUAUCGGAAACUCAUAGAUUUAUAAAGCAUGGUAAAUAUCCCGUCUUAAGUUCUAAUGUUAGUGUUAGUGACCAUGUCAGUUUAAAAACUUAUAUUGUAAAUACAUAUUUUAUAAGUACGCUUUAUAGAAAGCAGGUUGUUUUUAACUGCCUACUUGAAAAUCAUUGAAGGAGACAUUUGUUCAGUAGCGGACGUCUUGUAGAUGAAAUGAUUCAUUGUUCCCUCAUUAGUGUAGAUCGUGACUCCGCCACCUGCACUCAGUCAAGUGCACGCCUCUUUCGACGGCGGUCUAGGGCCUGGUGUAGUGUUUCACUGACAGAAAUAUCCAGUUAUUCGGAUAUCUGAUCCGACCACCUCUUAGGAUUCCUCUCUUGUCUUUUACCUUCUACAUUUCCCGUCUCUAUCAGACGCUCCUGACUAUCCUCACCGCAAGCCAUGUGACCAUUGUAUCUUAGGAUUCUUAAUAGGCAGAUUUUAAGAUAAACGUGUGGCAUUCUCAACUUUGAGCUCUUUAAGGACAUUUUUGUUUGCGGUGAGCUGUCCAUGCAAUUCUAAAGAAUUUGCGCCAACACCUAAUUUCGAGUCUGGAAUAGUGCCCAGUAUAUGGCAAUAGGCUCACCCCCUACAUGGGACUUAUAACACAAAUGGUGAAAAGUGGGUAUACAUUGUAUAGCGGCAUUACGUGCCGUAAUGUACUUCUGUCUGACUACCCCUUCGGAGAUAAAAGGCGUGACGUUGAUCUGUCCAUGCAAUUCUGAGGAAUUUGCUCCAAGACCUAAUUUCGAAUGUGUCUCUAUUUACCUGCUACAUUUUUCGUUCAUGUCUCACAUAAAGAUAUAUGAUAAUAAUGAUGAUUUGUGUUUUUCAUCCAGAGUUUUAUAUGUAGGUUCAAUUGACUCAAGUCUUAUUACUAAGAAUAACACGGAACUGCCAGAUGACGCGUAUCCAUUGUUCAUUUAUAAUAUUUAAUUGUACAUACAAUGCUAUGCUAUAAAAUAGAAGUAUUUAUUGGAUAAUGUGUAAAUUAAUAUAUUGUAGUGUGUAUUAUAAUUAAACAUAUAUUUUUAGUUUUGACUUAACAUAUUAUAUGUUUCAAUUUUUCCUUGUAAUUUGUUGUGAGGAUACCCAUGUGUUGUAAAUACAUAAAAUAUAAUUAUCUGGACUGCAAA